AUGUCCACUCUCGCCCCGGCACCGAACGUGCCGAAUCCCCGGAAUGCCGGCCGGAAAAAGAGCAACCCGGUUUGGGAAUUCUUCACCGACCUUCGAGUACAUGGAUUGGCCGGUGUUCGAUGCCGUUUUUGCCAUUGGGUGACCAAUGAUCGGAGCCCGACCACGAUGAAAUUUCAUUUAAAGCGGAAGCACGAUACUGGGCCAGGAGGUUUGUGGGCGUUGUGCGAGGAGAAGAUCAACCAACAAACACCUCCGAAUUAUGCUCCAAGGAAGAGGCCGGAACCAGUUAGGCCGCUCCAGCCGCCAAGUGCCGAGUCGAUCUUCGGGACGUCACUUUCGCUGAAUCAAUUUUUGUGGAAACACCUCGACCCAGCCACCCUUUUUCAACAAGCCCCGCCCCCGACGGCUACUGUAAAUAUUGGAGUAUCCGCCAGCCAAGACGACUUCCUCCAGACGCUCCUCCAGCAAGCCCAAAACCUAGCCGCCUCGUCGAGCCCACCAGAGCUCCGGGACCCCGUAAAAUCGGAAGAUGUCGAAAAUAUGAACAUUAUCGAAGGACUGUUGCUGCCCAGGAUAGAGUCCUGCAAGCACUCCGACCACUCCUCUGAUGCCUCUUACCCUACGAAUUUGGCGUCGCCCGAUUUUAGCCUUGCCGACGGCGCCUCCAUCGCCGGCCUACUGCAAAUCGCCACUGAGUCCGACCUGACCUUCACCUUUAAUGCGAGGAGGAGCGGCGAGUACUGCUUUGAGAGCAAUAAGAAGAGCAAAGAUGGCAGCCAGGACAAAAUGGUCGUCUUCUCCGAUCACGGGCCAGAGAUUCGGGUAGAACAGAAAGUGGAUGGGAAAGAGCUAUCCGUGGAAAUGUGGCGCAAGAGCGACUGGACCCAAUUUUGCUGGGCCGUCCGCGGGACGUGUCUCCAUUUUUUGAAGAGCUAC